AUGGGGUCCAGCGCGAAGAAGAAGAAGGAGAAAAAGAAGGAUUUUCAGAAAGUAAAGCUCAAAGUCGGGAAGACAAAGGCCAAGGCGGCGAAUCACACCGAUACAAGCUUCAAAGCAAAAGCGAUCGCAUUGAAACAACAGUCGCUAUCGACACAUGCGCCUACAGUGGAAGCACAAUGCGCACACCAGCUGUCUCUUCUCAACCACAAAUCUGACACACAGAGACGUGAUUCACUUGCAUAUCUGACGACAGUCAUGUCAACCCACCCACCAGGCUUGCCCCUCCCACAGCCAGCCUCGGUCAUUGUUCCAGCUGUUCAGCGAUUGGUUCUGGAUGGAUCGAACAGCGUCAGACAGCAGAUGCUCAAGCUCAUUCAGAGCCUGCCAAAAGCGGACAUUGCAAGUCACACCGAUUCACUAUUGUUGCAUACUCGCGCUGCUAUGACACAUCUAUCUACGGACAUCCGGACUUUCGCACUAGAAGUCCUAGAGUGGCUGCUGAGCGUCGCUGGAGACGAAGUCGUCAGUUGUGCAGGAGGAUGGGUGAAGACAUUGAAGUGCUUCCUGAGCCUCCUCGGCUGGCAAGCUGAGGUCGGAAGCAAGUGGUCCGCUAUGAGAACUUAUGGCAGAGGAGCGAGCGACGCUAAAGUUCAGGUCAAGCAAAUGAAUACGUUAGCAGCUUUCCUCAGAGCCGGAUUAGUACAGCCAACAGCAACAGCGGCUGUCGGAGCUGGUACCGAUGCCUUUCCUUUGUGGCAAACGGAGCACCACGUGCUUUCAGAGCGAUCGAAUGCGUUUGCCCAUCUAAACUUGUUCGGCUCUACGAGAGACGAGGAAGCGGAGAUGUACGAGGACCGUGAAGAUCGUCAAAGAGUGUUCCACGAAUUAGCCGAGGGCGCAAUUGCAGCAGGUAUCGAGCAAUCGACGAAAGGAGGUGGAGAGCUGGGUCGUGCAGGGGCUUAUCUACGCAAAGCGAUGAAAGAGGGUAUGGUCGACUUCCACAGGGUCGAUAUCUUGUAG